CAAACUUUACACGAACAAUAUCCAAGACAUAACAUGCAGUGUCAGCGGGCCCUUGGGCGGGCCUGCGCCGGCCACAAUUCUGCAAGCCGUGCCUGCAUUGCGAGCAAGCAUGGUUCCCUGUACCCGCGCCAUGUGCACCGACUGCGAGUAUGUUGCCAGGCUGCCGCGGAGGUGCAGCCAGCCCCCGCACAGGCAGGCGCAGCCCCGACGGGCGGAGUAAGCUCGGGUGUCGCCCCCAGCGACGCGGACGCGUGGUGGACCAGCGCCUCGCCGAUUCCCCGUCAAAUGAACGGCUGCCAGGUGGUGAUGCUGGAGGGCAAGGGCCGCGGCGUGGUUGCCACACGCGACUUCAAGGCCGGGGAGGUGGUGAUGGCCACGCCGCCCCUGGCGCUCGUGACCGCCGACAUACGGCAGCGGCCUGAGGGCGACCUUGUCGUGGAUACCAUCCUGGAGCGGCGGCUGUACGGCAGCAAGUGGUUUUCCGUACUGUACGACGGCUCGGCGCGCAGCUGCAAGGCGGCGCUGUCGUACGCGCCCGAGGCGGCCGCAGCAAGCCCCGACGACGGCCGCCCCGCUGCGCCGCCAGAGCCGCUCCUGGCGUCCACCUCCGCGCCAUCCAAGGCCGCAGCGGGGGCGGCGGGGCCGGCGGCGGCAGCUCCUAAGAAGAAGGGCUUUCUGGCCAGCCGCGGCGCCGGCCGCAAGACUGCGGGCAAGGGCGCGGCGGCCGCGGCAGGCUCGCAGGAGGCGGGGCCGGCGGCGGGUGGGGAGGGUGGGGAGCUGCCGGUGCCGGACCGGAGGGAGCAGACACGGCUGGCCAAGGUGGUCAAGUUCAAUUGCUUCGGUGACGAUGCGGAGGACCUGGCGGCGUGUGCGUGCCGAGGCGAGGAGCCGCGCGGACACAUCGGGCUGUGGCCGGAGUUCGCGCUGCUCAACCACAGCUGCGCGCCCAACACCGUCAACUACGUGGUGGGCGGCAGCAUGGUGGUGCGGGCCGUGGCGCCCAUCAGCCAGGGCGAGGAGGUGACCAUCUGCUACCUGGGCCGGCCCCAGUUGCUGCCCUUCAACAAGCGCAUCGCCAUCCUGGCCGAUGACUACGGCUUUGAGUGCAGCUGCCCACGCUGCGUGGCCGAGCAGGCGCACGUGGACAAGCUAGAUGACGCGUUCCUGGAGUUCCACGAGGAGCUGGAGGAGCGGCUGGGACCGGCGUUCAUGGAGGCGCGGGCGGUGGGGGACAGCGCGGCGGUGGAGGAGGUGGCGGAGGCGGUGGCGGCGGGGCUGCGCAAGCUGUACAACCUGUUCCGCAAGACGCUGAUAGCUCCGGACGUGCGGCAGUACUACCUGGCCAGCAUGUACGACGCAUACGACCUGGCCUUCAGCUGCGCGGCGGCGCUGGGGCGUGGUGAGGAUGGCAGCGCGCUGCAGGCCUGCCUCAAGUCCAUGGAGGUGGUGUCGGCCGGCUCCGACCUGCACGCCAUCCUGUCCGUACGGCACCACGACCACGUGCUGGCCACGCACGGCCCCGACAGCCCCCUCACCGGCCUGGCGCGGUCCGCGCUGCGCCGGGCGCACGUGGCCCGCUACGGUGCCGUGUCGGACCCAGUCAUGGAGCGGUUGGUUGGCCUCAACCGACAGCUGCACGUGCUGGCCGAUGCCGGCGCCGAUGCGGCAGAGGAGGAGGCGGCGGAGGCGGAGGCGGAGAUGGGAGCGGAGGAGGCUGGGCGGGGCACUGCGAGCACUUGAGCGGGAACCCAGACUACGGUACCGUACAGAAGUGCAACGCUCGAUUGGUGAUGUUAUAGUUGGUGAAGCCCAGAGAUCGUGUUGGAAUCCGGUUUGAGAGCACGUGAUUUAGUGAGGGCGUCCGGCAGAAGCUACCGGUAUCAAGAAUGGUGCAUGCGGCCAGGUGGCAACGGAAGCCUGAGGGUGGAAGCCAGGAGUGGGAUUGUAAGCUGCGUUGGGAAAUGGGAAGUUGCCGCCACCGAACGGCUCUGCUCCUCCAAUGUGCACUGUGCACACCAUGUGUCUGGCAUCAAACUCCAACCUGUCCGGCAGCAGUUGCAAUGCUAUGCCUUGAAGCUGUGCCCUUCGGUCCU